AUGAAUCGUCGUUAUGUACAACCCAGCCAGGUUAUGCAAUCCAAUCCACAGAUGGUUGCACAGCCUAUCACACCUACAGCUCAAGCAGCACCUAUGAUGGCUCCACAAAAUAUUCAAAUUAAUCCAUGCACUCCAUGGGAAAGUGAACACAUCAUUGAACCAAAACCGAACAUAAACGGAUCUAAAUUCCCACCAUAUUUCAGGCCAUCAGUCUCAAUUCUUCCAGCAAAUAACACAGUCGCAGAAAAUGCCGGAAUUCCUUUAAACCUUGUUGUUCAUCCUUCAUUAGUUGCCAACGUCCCUGUUUUGAAUUACUCUCAAUCACCAAUUCCUCGUUGUUCGAAAUGCGCCGCCUAUUUAUGUCCAUAUACACAAGGAUCCCCAGAUGGAAGGUCAUACACAUGCGCCAUGUGCAAAUCUAAAAAUGUUUUGGCCGAUGCAGCAUCUACCAUACCAAUUCAGCAGCGUCCUGAAUUGGCCAAUCCAGUUUAUGAUAUGAUUGCCCCUCGCCAAUACAUUUCUGCUCCAUAUAUUUGCGCCGCCUACUGCAUCGUUGCGGAUAUGUCCGCACCAGCCGUUAAAAGUGGUUUCACGGCCAACUUUUUAAGUUCAACUCUUGCAACUAUUGACCAACUCGAUGAUACAUGCAGAGUCACCAUUGUCACCAUGUCGAACAAAAUUACCAUGUUUGAUUUCAAGAACCAAACAGAGUUUGUUCUCAGUGAUUUGAAGGAUCCUGCCGUUCAAUACCCACUUGUUCAGCAAUUAGGCGAAAUGCGCGACCAACUUAAGCAAGUACUCAAAAUGCUCAUCAGCCGUCCACCAGAAGCCGACGGACAUUGCUUCGGAUCAGUUCUUGAAUGCUUAAACAGAAUUAUGUCACCACUUGGCGGUGUAAUCCUCGCAGGCGUUUACGGACGUCCAACUUACGGACCAAGAGUACCUCCUCCACGUCCACAAAACGCAAGUCCGACAGAAGCAGAUUUACUUAAGCUUCCACAAGGCGAAGGCUUCAAAUUCUACAGAGAUGUAUCAUUCAUGCUCAACCGCCAGUCCUGUUCCAUCAAUCUUUUCCUUGUUUCCGAUACUUUGGCAGAUGCUUCGAUUAUUGGAGUUCCUUGCGGCCUUACUGGCGGCAGAUUGUUCUACUACGGACAGAAUAGCGAAUCUACAGCCUACCAGAUGCACAACGACAUCUUUUCUGUCAUGACAGCUGAUUAUUUCUACAACGCUUCAAUUCGUCUUAGAGCUUCUGAUGGAAUUAGCAUCACCAGACUCCAAGGCACAUUCACGAUUCAAAACCACGAUUUAAUCAACUUCCCAAUUCUCAAUCCUCGUGCUUCAGUCAAUUUCGAGUUUGCUAUCCAGAACCCACUUUCACAACCAGUAAUCUUCCAACUCGCUAUGCUUUGGACCACGAAAAAUCACGAAAGAAUGAUCAGAAUUUUCACAUUCGAAAUUCCGAUUUCACAAGACAUAAAUCAAAUUCGCCAAUCGAUGGAUGAAGCUUCAAUUCUUUCAUACUACACAAAGCGCGCAGUUAUUGACUGCCUUACCGAUGGUCCUUCCGUUGCAUUAAAGAAUUUGAAGAUUAACUGCAACAAGAUGCAGAACAAGAACCUUCCAUUCGAAUACUUCCCAUAUUUGGCCCAUGCCCUCUCCGUCUCUCCACUUCUCUGCCCAAGACAUCCACUUGGUCCUGAUGGCAGAAUGAUGGCCAUCAUCGAUUUCAGAGCGGCAUCAAUUGUUGAGAUCUGUCUUAGGUUCUAUCCAAGGUUCUUCGCUAUUGAUACUCACCAAGGACCAUUCGGACUCACAACAGAAUCAUUCGCUAGAGGAACUUCAUUCUUGCUUCAUACUUUCGACAAAAUAUACAUCUGGAUAUCACAGGGAGCUACUCCAGAAUACUUGAUGGAUGCUUUCGGAGUUGAUUCGCUCGCUAAUUUACCAAAUGAAGUUCCUAACACACAAACACCAGAAAACACUUACUUACAGGAGCUCAUCCAACAAUGCAUGACAAUCUCCCAAAGAUACCUUCCUGUAGAGGUUAUUCCUCAGGGAGAUCCAAGAGAAGCAAUUUUCGGAGAAGCCCUCAUAGAUGAUGCAACAAAUACACAUUCCGGUUACGCUACUUGGAGUAAUGAUAUAAGAACAGCUUGUUAA